AUGGAAAAUAAAUUGUCCACGGAUUUUAAAAAGCCAAGCAAAAAACUAAAAAUGCCAGAGGACCUAGAAGAAUCAUCAGUCAUGAAAGUUCUUAUAAAUGAGGAUAUUUCCACUGAACAUGGAAUACCAGUAGAAGAUAAUACUGUUGCCAUAGAUUCUGCAGUAAUUUCAGAAAAACUAGAUUAUAAUGAAACAAGUAUCCUAUCUUUAUUAGAUUGUAUACCUGAUUUACCUGAUUUAAGUCUGGAGCUGCCUUCUCAAAAUCAAGUUGACACCAUGUCUAGCAAUGAAACAGCAGACCAAGAGCAUGUCAUUACAUACAGUUACAAUAUUUUUGAGAAAUCGGUAGUUCUCAAAACAGACAAGAAUGAAUUAAAAGAAAUGAAGACAUUUAUUGACUUCAGUAAAAUGGAUGAAAAGAAAACCAUAACGGAGACACUGGAUAGUGAAAAAAGUAUGAACUGUAAUAGUAAUGCUGCUCCCUAUAUGAAAAGAAAAAGGACAUGUAACAUAAAAAUGAAAAAAACUGGUAGGAAACCACAACUGUAUAGCUGUCAAAGGACAAUCCCAAUUAGUGGUAAAAAUAUAUGGCUUCGUGAAUCAUGCGCAAGGACAUCCUUGUGGGUUUGUAAAAAUCAUGCAUUGGAUUCACAUACAGGAUAUUUAGAAGAAACUGAUUCAGUAACAAAAUGCAGCAAAUUGGAGGUCCAUAAGCCAUUGGUAGAUAGUUGUAAAAUAUCUAUAAAUACAAUGGAAUGUGUUGAAAGUUCAGACUCUGUAUUACAUAAAGGGAAGACACUUUCACCUAUUACCGAGAAUAGGUUUUCUUCUGAUGAUAUGGAAAGAUCUAAACAAAGUACACUUGGUACUGAAAUUGCAAAAUCAAAAGUGAUUUUGAAUUUAUUAAGGAAAGAAGUCAAAGAAAAAAAUCUAAAUAUUCAGAAAGGCUCAUUUGCAGGCAUUAGGAAAAAGAGGACAGAUAAUCCAAAAGCAUCAGUUACCAAACAAAAAACAGUGUUGAAAAAUUUGGCAUCAGGAACUUGGUCAAAUUUCAAAAUUCCUUUAGUUAAGGAUAAAUGUAAUUUUAGAAAACCACAAACUGAAACAUCAUCCAAAAAAGAUGCUGACAAUUCUUCAAAUGUUUUAAAGAAUGCUCUUUCUCGAAAAGAAGGUAGAAUUGAAGUGGCUUCCUUUGUCAAAAAUUCUAGCUCACAAAUCCAAUCUGAACAGGAGAAUUAUACGUCUGCGCUGGAAAAAUACAUACAUCAAUUCAACAGUGAUAUCUCUGGAAACUUUUCUAAGAGAAGAGUUUGUAAUACUUUUGAGAGUAUUUUACAUGAGAAUAAACUAAAAUCACCAACUUUGAAUACUACUCCUUUCUCUUUGAGUACUGAAAAUAUAGAGGAACAAAUGCUAAAUUCUGCUUUGGCCUCAGGAAUUAUUGAUAAAGUUAAUGUCAACAAUAAGUUGGCACAGGACAAUGAUGACAUUUGUACAGAUAUUCUUAAGGCUUACGAAAAUGAUAUUCUUGUGAUAGAUGUUAUUCAAGAUGACCCUGACCUGUUUGGAGAUAAUGUUGAGAAAGAAGAUGACUAUGCAAAUAUUCAUAAUACUAAAAACAUUUAUACUAGUGACUUUUCAGAAAAAGAUCUGGAAUGGAAACCGAACUCUUCUCAACUUUCAAAAAGCAAGCAUUUGAAAUCCAUUAGAGAAAACUUCAUUCAAAAUUAUGAAACACUGAAAUUGGAUGAAAACGCUGAUGGUUUGGUGAUACAAGGAGGAAUAUCAGGAUUAUCUCCUGAAGAUGGACAGCUGUCAGAACUGAAUAAACUUACCAAGGUUUUUGAUACAGAUGAAAAGUAUGAAUUUUCAAAGAAAUUACUUGCUAAGCGAGAACAGAAAACAAGUGUUCAAGACUUUGCAAAAAUGUAUGUGAGCCGCCUCCUUCUGGGGAAGGAGGAGAUUGAGGUUCACCUGAAGGGACACGCUGAGGAAUUUGCAGAUUUUCUGGAAGACAAAACCACUCGACUCCGUUCCCAGUUAGAUGCCAGCAUGGCUGCUGAUCCAGUGGAAGCUUCUGAGGCAGAUUUCAGAUUCCCAAGGAAAUAUCCUCCUUUGCCCUUAUCAACUACUAUUAGUUAUAAAACUUGGAAAAGAGAAAAACAUCCAGAGACUAAUUUAGGAUUGACUUUACCUCGUGGAUACUGCAGAUACCAUUUCAAUUCAUUGCAUGGCUGUAAUAAACCAAACUGCUGGCUGUCGCAUGUUCUUAUAUCAAGAGAUGAUAAGCUUUGCAGUGAAAUAAUUAAGAAAUACAUAAGUAUUGGUGGUGUAGCUUUGCUGCAACGGGCAGUACAUAUAUUCUCAGAUUACUGCAAAAAAGGUACUGCUGUAUAUCACUUGGAUUCACAAAUGUUUCACAAUCUCCUAACAUCUUUGCUUCAGUUCUGUUUGCUGAAAGAAUUUUUUCAUGUAGUGCAAAUUGGCAUCAGGAUUAAAAUAUUACCAAGUAUAGAUAUUCUGGUCAAAAUGUUUGAAGAAGUGGCUUUGAUGAAAGUAAAAGAGGCAGUACCUGAAUUAUUUGACAUCUUUUGUAAGCUUAUUGAUGCUGGAAUGGUUCUUGAAAGUGAACAUAUUAGACAUAUCACCAACUUACUAAACCAGUUACAUGUUUCCACUCAGGAAAUUACUAUGCUUAUGUCCAGAUUUCAGGAAAUACAUUUUCACAAGGCCAUCUUUUGUGAUUCUGAUUCAACAAUAGCAGAAUUUAAGCUUUGUAAAGAAAAAAGUGACUGGGCUAAAUUGGGAACUUUGUAUGUUAAAGUGACAAGAGGAUGUAAAAAUGCUGAUUAUCUUGAAAAAUAUUCAUGGCAUGUAGCCAGCAUACUAAUCAGUUCAGUGAAGGAAGAAAAGCCAGGCAUUCCAUUUUGUGAAUUUGCGACUGCAGUUAAUGUUGGUGCUCAUCGUGAUGAAAGAGACAUUUCUUCAUUAGGACGGAUUGGCAUUAGUGUCAUGUUUUCAUAUUACAGAGUACACCAGUGGUCAAAGGCCAAGAAGGUUCUGGAUGUGUUUCAUGCUUUAAAGAUACACUUCACACUUCUUAAAGGACUUCUUAAAUCAGAGCAAUCGGUAUCAAGAUGUCAAGUUAUUAAUGUUGCUAUAGAAAUCUUUCUCAAAUGUGGGAACCUUGAUAGAGCACUGUGGGUAUUGAGAGGGGCAGAAUGGAUAAUAAAUACAGCAGCAUGGCCUUGUGAAAAAACGGAUGUCCUCAAUCGACAUAAUCUGCUAUAUGCUGUAGCAUCUGAAUUAAUUACAAAAAAACGGUAUGAUGAAACGUUUGAAGUCUUAAAAAAUCUCCCAGGUUUUCAGAAUGCUUGUGAAUCUCUGGAUGUAUCCCAGUACUUCCGUUUUUUUAAUAAAUUGCUAAGUGCUUGUUCAGAAAGCAGGAACAUUGAAAUAUCAUCUACUGUAGUAGAAUUCAUGUUUGCAAGAAAUAUUCCUAUUGAAUUUAAUUUACUUCGAACAUUAAUCACAGCACUAGGAAGAAGCUUUUUGUGGCUUAAGGCCAGGAAACAUUAUAAAAGUGCUUUAGCAUUAGGUUGCUAUCCACCACCAGAGGGAAAUCUUUAUCGUAAACUUUUACUGAUUCCUUCAUAUAUGAGUGAAAUUGAAAUGCUAUUAGCAAUUGAAUUUUUUUUAGUUUCAAAUGCUAGUUGUAUUCAGAGUCCUGGAGCUUCCAGUCAAAUACUUCAAAUAGUAUUAAAAAGAUGUGAAGAUAACAAUAUUCAAAACAAUGAUGAAUAUCAGAAUGCUUCAGAGAGACUGUUUCAGGCUGCUCAGAUAUCUAAUCCAAAGCUUUUCAUAAAGCAUUUGACAGUCAAUGUUAAUAAGGACCAAAUUUAUAGUUUGGAGCAUAUUUCUGUUGUUACAUGGUUGAAAGAGAAUAUGAAAUGGGCAGGAAAAGCCUGGCUUUUUAAAUCAAGAUUUAGUUACAGUAAUGAUUGCUUAAAAUAAAUCAAUAAAGGUUGUUUCUGUUGUUUUCAGAUUCUUAAUAAUUCAAUCUUUUGGUUUCUAACAUUAAAAAAACAAUUCAGAAUAUGGCUUUCUAAGCAUGGUCAUUCAGAAGGACUUGUUCUUAAUCAUUUAAUCUCUUUUUUUUCUGUGUCAAAAUAUGCUUACA